AUGCAGACCACCAUAGUUGAAGAGCAGUCAGCCAACAAGAAGUUCUUCCUGACGGAAGGCGACCUUGUCUACGCCAUUGGCUCAGUGACCAACCAUAACAGUGUGGGUUUCGCCCCGUUCCUUGAUGAGAAUAUCCGGAAGUUACGGUCACCGUUACCACUAACUAUUUUCAACCGAAAGUGGCAACAACGAGCAAUGGCUCAUCACCUAGACCGUCUCCAGCGUUCCGAUGAAUUGUCAAACGAUAAGGAUAAGUCGGGUGGCUAUAAAGGUUUCGCGUUUGUCCAAGAAUGGACUCAAACCUAUGCCCAAUGGACCCAAAAUCAUCGGUCAUUCCGCAAAACUCUGCACGACGUGUACAAGAUCAUUGAGUUUUCCAAACUGCUCGGUACACACAAGAACAAUUGUGAUGAUAUCACAGAAGAAUUCGGCUUUAUGGUAGCUUUCAGAUGCGAUAUGGAAGUUCGCAAUAACACGUUCUCCCACCGCAUCACGGAUGAAGACGUUAAGAACGCGAUCCCCAACAUCUCUCAACGCAAAGAAUCCUUCGUCCAGCAGUGCUACAACCAAUGUCGUAACUUUGGCGAGCUAGAAUGGGAGGAGAAUCUUUACGCUCCGGGCCACUCGCAUGCAAACCACGACCCGCUCACUGGGUGUCUGAAGCAACAGCGUUCGAAUCAAUUCCACAACAACCAGAUGAUACACAACCCAUAUUUGCAACAGCAACAGCAGUAUGGGGGUAACAAUUUCAACAGUCAUAACCAGAACAACUAUAAUAAUAACUAA